UUUAACUCAUUUUUUUUUCGUUUUUAUAUAUUAGAGAAAUUGUAAUAAUUGUUGAUCUGAAGGUGGAGAAAAUGACAACACCAACAUAUACUCUUUUAUGCAUACGAUCAUUCAUGUUCUUACUAUGUUUCAGCAUUGCCUUUGGUCGCAAGAACCUAGAAGAUAAGCUCGGUGACACUCUAUUUGCACCCAAACCUGUUGAAGCAACCGAGCUUAGAGCCGCUUUAGUUACUAAUUCCGAAGCUACCGACAUUUCAAGUAGUAUUGGUUUGGGAGAAGUUGGAAGUCAAGAGAUGCAUCACAUUUACAUAGAAACAAGUAAAGAUUCGAGUCUCGGAAAUAAACAAGACAAUAUAAACUCUGUGCCUAGGAAGAUUAUAAGGGGUACCGUUUCCAUCUCAUUCUCAUUUCCUAUCAUCAAGAUUCAGGUUCCUAUUCCGAAGCCAAAUAUUACGGUGGCUGACAUAAACCAAUUCAAUGAAGAAGAGAUGAGUAAAGGUAUUGUCAUAACUCCAACGAAGACUAAUGAGUUUGGUAUUUCCCUUGGAAAUGACGGUGCAGAGCUCGGAUACAGCUACCAAUAAGCAGCCCCAAGAACCACAAUAUUGAAGGCCUUGCCAGCUUCCUAAGGGUAGGUAGUGCUAAAGAUUGAAGUUACUAUAAAAGCAUAUGAUAAAAUUAUGGUUUUAGAGACAAAGAAGUUGUUGGUGGCCAACGAGUAUAAACAAAAUAUGUAGCGAUUUUGUAACAAAACCUUGCCAAAACGUUUGACUCUAGAAUGAAAAAAGGAUAUAUGUGAAACAUUUUCUUACAUCUAUUUAGUAUGCUGAAAGUAUCUAUGAUUUAUAGUAAAAAUAGUCAUAUACUUAUC